AUGAAUGCGUGGAUGCACCUCCACCUCUCCAAUGUCCUCUCCUUCUCACGAGACAUGUACACGCUUCCGCAUCAAGAUCCCAGCCAGUUCCUGAGUGAGGCUCUCUCCUUCCUCAAACGUGAUAGCAAGCAUUGGGUAGUGCCCAGCGUCUUCGGGACUCUGCUCCAUGACCUCGAGGUCUUUAUCUGGUUCAUCAUCGGACUCUUCUUGAUCAGCAUGUUGAAAUUGAGCAAGAAGACCGGUUUGGUGCAUGAAUUUGGCAACGUAGCGGGUUGCUAG